CGCAAUGGCGGACAGACGCAUACUGAUUCCCGCGCGCGCCAAAUUCAAAAACUGAACCGAAUUCUAGUCAUUCCAAAUUUAAAUGUAAGACUGAUCUUGACAACUAUGGGACCUUCCAAUUCCAACUGACUUUGCUUCAUUAUUUAAUAGUGACUGAUAUUAGUUUAAUUGUAUAAAACAAUGUGAAUAAAAAUGACUGGUGGCAUUGUGUUAUGACAUGACGGAAUAUAUGACAUAUUUUGACUGGAUAGUGUAUGACGAAAUGUGACAUGACAGUGACUGGACUAUGGAUUGACUAAACUGACUUUCCGGAGCGGUGCAGCAGUGGCGACGGUGAUGACCUGGAGAGUCGCACUGAAGAGGAGCGGUUCCCGACCGCCAGCGCGCUGAGGCAGUCUCCGCUGCUGGAGCACUGUCCUCUCCGGAAGCCCACCAAAUGUCCACCGGCUUCUAAAAGAUACCGCACCCACGACGGGACCUGCAACAACUUGAGUCGCCCACGAUGGGGCUCCACCAUGACUCCGGUCCAACGGUUCCUGCAGCCAUCUUACUCUGACGGCAUCCAAGCUCCACGGCGAUCUGUCUUUGGGGGGAAACUACCGUCGGCAAGAGAGAUCAGUUCCCUCGUCCACGAGAGCAAGAACGUGGAGUCCCCGGGGAUCACGCACCUGCUGAUGCAGUGGGGGCAGUUCCUGGACCACGACGUCACGUCCUCCUCCCAGACCAGGGGGUUCAACGGGUCCGUGCCCAGGUGCUGCAAGGACGGGGGGAGGGAUGUCGUUCCUAAGGAGCUUUUGCACCCCGAGUGCCUCCCAAUCGAGGUUCCACCAUCAGACCCGUUCUACGGACCCCGCGGAGUCCGCUGCCUUGACUUCGUGCGGUCUUCUCCCGCCCCCCGCGACGACUGCGCCCUGGGCUGGCGCGAGCAGCUGAACCAGGUGUCCGCCUAUAUAGACGGGUCACCGGUGUAUGGCAGCUCCGCUAGGCAGUCGGAUAAAUUGAGGUUGUUGAGGAACGGCAUGCUCCAAUACGGUCGAGUCCAACAACGCAGGCCGGUCCUUCCCCCGGAGCGCCGCGACGAGCUGUGCCGGGGGGGAGCUGUCUCCACGGAGUGCUUCAAGUCGGGGGACGCCAGGGUCAACGAGCAGCCUGGACUGGUGGCCCUGCAUAUCGUGUGGCUGAGGCAGCACAACAGGAUGGCUCAAGAAUUAGCACAUCUGAAUCCCCACUGGAGUGACGAGAAGAUCUACCAGGAGACUCGAAAAAUCGUUGGCGCUAUGAUCCAGCAUAUAACUUACAGGGAAUUUCUGCCCAUUAUACUAGGAACGGAGGUGAUGAGACUUUUCGAGCUGGAGCCCCAGAAGAAAGGAUUCUACAAGAACUACAAUCCGAAAAUCAACUCCAGCCCGGCGAGUUCCUUCGCCUCGGCCGCCUUCAGAUUCGGACACAGCCUCGUCCAAGGGUCACUGAUGCGAUUCGACAGAUUCCAUAGGCCUAUGCAUAACAAUGUGUCUCUACAUAACGAGCAGACUAACCCAUCCAACAUCUGGAGCAUGGGGGCAGUUGACAGACUACUCUUUGGCAUGGUGAACCAACCCAUACAAAAACGAGAUGAAUUCAUCACAGAAGAACUAACGAACCAUUUGUUUCAAACUCCUCAUUUCGACUUCGGAAUGGAUUUGGCUGCUAUAAACAUACAGAGAGGGAGAGACCACGGUGUAGCGCCUUAUACGUCGUGGAGAGAGCCAUGUGGGCUAUCAGCCAUCCAGGAUUUCCAAGAUCUGUUCAGAGUGAUGCCAGCACGGGCUGUGAGGAAACUGCAAGUUUUGUACAAACACGUAGAUGAUAUAGACUUGUUCACUGGGGGCAUGUCUGAGAGACCAGUAGUAGGUGGUCUUGUAGGACCAACUUUCGCGUGCAUCAUAGCACAACAGUUCUCAAACUUGCGAAAGGGAGAUCGAUUUUGGUAUGAAAAUGGGGGUUUUGAAUCAUCUUUUACUCCAGCGCAGCUUCAGCAAAUACGAAGAAUUUCCUUCGCACAAGUGCUAUGCCAUACUUUAGAUACUAUUGACAAUAUCCAACCAUUUGUAUUCCUAUCCCCUGAUAAUCCUGACAAUGACAGAAUAUCAUGCCAAAAUGGUUUACUCAAUAACUUUGACUUGUCUCCCUGGAUAGAACUACAUUCUGACUCUAACAAUGACAUUAGUAAAUCUGACGAAGAAACCAGUACACAGAAACCCAAACGAACUAAACCUACGACAACUACAAUUAAACCAACUACUACGACUAAAUCUACUACUACAUCGAAACCUAGCUCAACGACUAAAAAGUCUAAUAAAAUUUCUGCAGUCGCUUCAAACAAAAUAGUACAAAAUCGACCUCUUACUUCUACUAAGACUAAUGUCACAAAAACAGACAACAUCGCCAAAGAUGGACUUAACAAUAAUAACAACUCCACUGAAAACGUUGACGAAGACCAAUUCACUAUCUCUUUACCGACUGAUAAAAAGAUGAACGAUAACGUGACUGCUCAAAAAAUUGAUGACAAACUUGACUUUAAAAACAAGAGCCGAAGAUACGAUAACUCUGAUAGAACCAAGGUUAGACAUAACAUUAAACAGGACCAAACCAAGGCCUACGACUAUGACUAUGACGACAGAAACGAUGAUAACGUACAUCACGUGCAAUCUGUUGUUAUAAAUAACUUACCACAAAAAAGACCGUACCACAGACCAGUGAUGACUGUCACUGAAAAUACUAACAAAUAUACGUACUUGAUUAACUAUGUUCCCCGGCCAACUGAAUCAUGGCGUAGGACUACUAGAAAAAGCUUUGACAGAGACGUAGUAAAGGUGACUUACCAAACUUACGACGACACUUACAGACGACCUAACAAACCAUAUUACUACAACAGACGUGACGAAUUGACUAACGAUCCUGCUAUUGACUCAAGACAUAGAACAAACACACAGACAACUAACAAAGCCCAAUUUCACUCCUCUGCCAGAUCCAAUGACGAAGAAACGAUACUGACAACAACAAAAGCUAAAAUAACUGACAAACCCGAAAAUAACGUAAUUUCGACGACUGAAAACUUAUAUAAAUUAGUGACCUUUGGCUACGUAGGAAAUUAUAAGGGUAACGACAAAACUACAGAGACAGACUUGAACUUAGAAAAAUCUAAAAACAAUAAAGAUGUAAAUCUAGAUAGUAUAAGUAAGGACUUUUCAACUUUUGUAACAAAAGAGCCCGACGUAUCAUUUGACGAAACUGACAAAAAAACUAACAACAUGAAACUUUCAACGUUUUUCUUUUAUGAUACUGCAACAAAACCCUACAAUAACUUACCAAGACCGACUAGACGGCAUGACAAUGACUAUGGACCAAAUAUAAAUGCCAAAACAAAAUACUAUUACAUAAAAAACGUUUUGCAUAAAUAUCCAGACACUGACUCUGUUGAAAUUGGUAAAACUACUUAUAAUAGAAAUAAAGGCACGUCCAAAGAUACAGUUAAAUAUCCAGAAGUUGACAUAGAAGAAAGAUCGUCAGCAAACAAGUUAGCGCUUUUGGAUGAAAUCGAAUCUAAAUCAGACAGAAUGAGAUUGAAAAUAAGGAAAAAGCCUAAUACAAGCAAUGCCAAAACACCUUCUGUGGCAUUUGAAGUCAUUCCCAGUGAAAACAGUCCAUCACAAUGGGCAGUCUACGAGGAAGACGAUAGUCUCCCAGAAGGCCUGCCGCACCGCAUGCCUCCGAUACACACGGACCCUUACGCGCUGAAGGAAAUCCCCAAACCAAUGAAUUUGAACAACUUGAGGAGACGAAGACCAGGAAGAUUUUGAUAAUUAUAGUGACUUAUAUAAGAAUGUAAAAUGACAAUGCCUGAUCUGAAGUAAUGACGGAACAAUGACUGAACAACUAUAGCUACUGACUUUACAAUUUAUAAAAACAUGUUAAGGUAACUCACGAUAACAUAAUACUAGAUUUACAAACUAGAUUGUGUAAAGACUGACGAUAAAAUUAUACUUGAAUUAACGACUUUGAUGACACAAGUAAUUGUGCUUAAGACGUAACUAUAACAGACUCUGACAACGACAAUACUUACCAAACUGACUAUUCGACAAUAUUUCAAGCAAUAAGGUAUUGUAAGAAACCAUAAAAACAAUAAAUUUUAUUGUUUCUUUGUAAUAUCUUUAUUGCAUAGAAAUUUACGCAGUUACAAGAAAAUAGUACAUACUUUGUUAUAAGAGAAACAAAUCAAUUAAUUUUAAUGACUAAUGGUUUAACUUGACUGACUAUUUACAAAACUUGACCAAUUGUUUAAAUACUUGACAGAUUCUUUAAUUGACAACUAGAUAAUGACCGGAAUUACCUACUUGAAUUGCUACUUAUGACUUGAUUGAAGCAUUUACUGAGAAAAAGAACGGAUGAUAACUUUUAGCUAAAAACACCUAGGUACGUGGUAGUCAUUUUUAUCUUUUAAGAUAUAUAUUCUUCCUAACGUAAACAAUCAAAAUAGGACAUACAUUUUUGUACAUUAUAUUACAACGACAACGAGUCAGUCAUGACUUAUGACUUUAGCAUUUACUAUGACACGACACUAUUAUUACAGUGUUUCAAUUAAUGAAUCAACUACAAAAUGACAAUAACAAAAUGACAACUAAAUACAAUAUAACAAUUACAUAAUGACACUACAACAUGACAAUUACAAAAUGACAACUACAACGUGACAAUAAUAAAAUGACACUACAAUAUGACGAUUACAUAAUGACAACUACAAUAUGACAAUAAUAAAAUGACACUACAAUAUGACGAUUACAUAAUGACAACUACAACAUGACAAUAAUAAAAUGACACUACAAUAUGACGAUUACAUAAUGACAACUACGACAUGACAAUUACAAGAUGAUAAAGACAAAAUGGUAACAAUAACAUGUCAAUAACAAAAUGACAACCACAACAUGACAAUGACAACUUGA